ACGUAAACGACCUCUCUUUAAGUCAGAAUAAAAUAUAACGUCUCAGAUUAUACAUAAAAAAGACUGUGCUGUACUGGGUCACGUGGCUCUUGAAGGGGUUUUAUAAGUAUAAAGAAUACAUCGCGAACUGUCAUAGUGGGCUAAAGAACGGUGUUUCAUCGAGUAAUUUCAAGGAUAAAUAUUCUUAGCUAAAUUGAUUGUCUAAAAUUUAGAGAUCCGGUGACUUGUUUAGCUUGGACACAUCUGUGAAAACUCGCUCAAGAAUAAAACUGACAGAAUAUCGUUCAACGGCCAUCCAUAACAUCAAACCUUGAUUAGGUGGAUAUUGGAGUUCUGCUGUUUAGGAAUAUCGGUUGGAUAUCGCCGUCGCGUUAAAAGGAGAAAUUGUUAGAGCUGUACCAAUCUGGUGUCUAAAUUCACCAUGGCUGUUAACACUGAAGGUAUUAAACAGUUAGUGAAAUCGUCUCUAGCCAAACACAGCGGACAGAAAGGAUUAGAAUUUGCUAAAAAUGAGAAUGAUUUGCAAGUGGAAGAAAUAAGCUCUGGAAAUUUAAACAAUGUCUUUAGAAUAAUUAGUAAAAGUAAACCCGCUCUAAGUGUUGUGGUAAAACAUGCUCCUCCUUAUAUCAAAUGUCUGGGACCAGCUUAUCCUCUAAGUACAGAACGAGGUUCCAUAGAGUUCAAGGCCUAUCAGAUGUUCAACAAGAUAAGUCCAGGUUCGGUUCCAGAACCCAUAUUCUAUGAUGAAGAGAACAAUGUUCUUUGUAUGGAAGAUUUACGGAAACACGUGGAUUACCGGAAGCACCUUUUGGCGGGAAACGUUGACAUCAAACUAGCUGAAGCUUUGGCGCGCCAUUUAGCUCUAGUCCAUUCGGCUACCCACAUUUCUAAAAUAGGAGACGACGAGAUAGAGGAACUAAACGAAGGGUUUAACAAUUCAAGUCUCGUUUCUCUUACUAAACAAUAUGUCUUUACCAGACCUUUCAGUAAAGGCAACCCGACCAACAGAUGCACAGCCAAAGUGACGCCACAUUUGGGCGCUAUUUAUGACGACACCGAUAUUUUGGAAACUGCUAAGGUUCUUAAAAAUUUAUUCCAGAGCAAGAAAGAGUGUUUGAUUCAUGGAGAUUUGCACACGGGUUCACUCAUGGUCACUGAACGAGAUAUGAGGAUAACGGAUGCUGAAUUUGCUUCUGUUGGUCCCGCGGCUUUUGAUCUUGGUCUUCUGUUUGCUAAUUAUAUUUUCUGCUACUAUCAUCAUCUGAGUACAAGUGAGGACACCGGUAGAGCAACUGCAUUCAAGGUACUGGAUUGUUGUAAUGCCGUUUCUUUGAUUUAUCAAGAAACAAUAACCAGUUUUAGUGGGGAUAACAAGGAGGAUUACAUAAAGAAUCUGUUGUCCGAAGCUGCAGGCUUUGCAGGCUGUGAACUAAUCAGACGAAUAGUUGGGGCUUGGCACGUUGAGGACACUGAGGAUUAUCCUGAAGUAGAACCAGAGAUUCUUGGUGCUGGGGUUCGUUUAUUGAAGGCUUACAAAAGAAUCCAUGAUGUUGGAACAAUGCUGGUUAUAGGAUUAAUGCUAGCCUAAAAUUAUUUAUAUCUUCUUUGUUUUUGAGGGGGUUUAUGUUUGUUUAGUGAGCGUGGGGAUGCGGGGAGGAUGAGUGUGUGCGUGUGAAGAAUUGUUUUUUUCUCUAGUUUGUGAUAAGUAUGAUCAUCAUCAAAGACAUAUCAAGGAAUGAACUUUACGUAUAUCAUCUGACUUUUUGUUAUUAUAUGAAAAUUGAAGAAUAAAUUAUUCUAAAAAGAAAAGAGGUUUAACUCCUGACUUUACUGCUCCACCCCAGAUAAAGAAGAUCGGAAUAUGUUGGAAAGAGUGUAUAGUGUGCUAUGGCCUACACGUAUCAGUGUGGGAAUGACAGAU